AUGAAUCGACCUUAUACUCCUUCAGCAGAUCCAAAAAGACAAGGAAAAGGAACAACGAUGCCAGACAAUUACAACCUACGAUGGAACUCUCACCAUGCAGAGAUGUUCACCGGCUUCUCCCAGCUACGGAGCCGGGAACAUCUGAUGGAUGUGACCCUCACUUGUGAGCGUCAAGCCUUCAGGGCUCACAAGCUGGUCCUCUCGGCCGGAUCCGGCUACUUCGAGCAGAUGUUCUGCCGCGACACAAAUCCCUCUCCCGUAAUGUAUUUCUUUGGGGUGGAGAUGCACCUUUUGAAGUCAUUGAUCGACUUCAUGUACACGGGUGAAGUGGAUGUGCCAUCGGGUGACCUGGAGAGAUUCAUCCGGCUUGCCGAGGCCCUGGAAGUAAAGGGUAUCAGUGGUGAAGGUAGUAAUGUUUCUACCUAUGCUGAACUCGUGCCUGGCUCUCAGAAGGUCAGUGUGAAGCGCAAGGGACCGGCGGCAAAAGACCAAGCCCAUAAAAAGCGGAAGAGUCCUAGUCAUGACUCAACCUCUGAGAUCCCUCCUCCGAUUCCUGUGAUGAUGCAGUCUCAAGGCCCCCACACUAAUGACUCAGAUUCAUCAUCCAAUCCAAUCAAACUUGCUGCCGUUGUAGAUGGACACCGUGCUCAGGCAGAUGGAGAUUGGGACAGCCAAUCGCAUGGGUCCUGCCAAUCAGAGUCCUGCGGUGCUUUGACCGGGGAGCACGAGUUACCACAAAACACACCUCUUGAGAUUAACCCAGCUACUGUGGGUGCCCACGACGAGAUUGCGUACUACGGCCAGACUUGGGACAACAAAAGGGUGCACUUCUGCUCCCUGUGUUCGUACAAAUCGUGCCAGAAGCACCAUGUGAUGCGCCAUGCCCUCAGUCACCGCCCGGACAAGCCCUUCACGUGCGAGUGCGGAAAGAGCUUUGCCCGGCAAGACAAGCUCCUCAACCAUCAGCUGCGGCACACAUGACGCUUACCCAGUGGCUUCACUCCCUCCCCAGUGGCUUAGGGUUGCUUAUAUGUGGUAGUGUUUUAUUCACAUGUACCCAGUUGUACACCUUUGAAUUUCUUGGGGGGUGGUCACUACGGCAGGCGAGGAAGUGUCGAUGCAUCGAGACGAACCAUUCGCUCUUGAUGGGUUUGAGUUUUUUGUGCCUAUUUCCCUUGGUUUUCACCCAUGGUGUUAAUUAAUUCAUUAAUUUCAGUAUGGGUCUUAUUCUCUUUUAUAUGGGACCAGAGUCUCUCUCAUUUGGCACAAAGCAGAAAUGACAACAUGAAGUCGAUUCAGAGGUUGUGAGAGCAACUGAUACGGCAGGCGAGGGCACCGUGGCAGCUGGUGCCUCAGUGUCUCACCAUGGGCAGCUGUGAGGCUGCUGACUUCUCAGGCAGGAUUUUAAUUUCUCAUUUUGUAUGUGAGAUUUCUUAUUUUCUGUCUCUCACUUUUGCCUGAACACACUCCAGCUGUACCCGCAAGUAUCAAUUCUGGCGCUUCCCUUCUCAGACUGCCAGUGUGUCAUAAUCUUAGAUGAUGCCAUGAAUUGAUGCGUUUAUGUAUUAUGCUGCCACCAUAUUUUUUUCUCAGGAUCCUCUUUAAGAAAUCAGACAUUCUGAUUGCAGAGAUGGCGCUUGUGCCGAUAAUGCAUGCUGAGUUUUCUCAUUGUUUUGGAUAUAUUCAAGGACAAAAAAGAAAUUGUGAACCGUUGCAUUAAUUUUGUAUGUAUGAAUCCUGUGACAGCUCAAAAGCUUUGAGAUGUCACUAUGACCUAUAUUUCAGUCACUGAUGUAUGUAUGCAAUAUAAUGCAUUUUUUUAGUCUACAACCCAGCACCUGCAGAAAUUUCAGGGAGUAACACAAUAGAAUUGCUCUGUUGCUUCAUUUAUGCCUCACCCUCAAAUUUUCCACACUGCAGUUGACGACAUUUUGCAUCAAUCGUCUUUCAGAGCUGAUGUAUUUCAAAAAUGUUUCAACCUGUAUUGUAGGGGCCAUGCCAUUAUUUUCUAUAGGAGUUUUUAAACUGCUGGG